UGCGCAGUUUUCGUGGAACAAAACAAUCGCUCGGACCGCAAUAAAAAUAUAAUUUAAAUGCGCUGGAAGCUUCAGUUUGUUGUGAUCGCUAUUGUAAUUCAAAUAGUAAGGUCUCAAAAUGAUCAGGAUUCGGAUGCGGAAGUGGAAACGGAUUUUGGUUCGAAAGCGGAGUUGACGUUUUUUACCAAGCUGUACGAUAGCAACCUGCGAAAGAUGGUGAAAAUUAAGAACAACUCAUCGGAUCCGUGUGAUGAUUUUUAUGCCCAUGCCUGCGGAAAUUUUGAUCGAGAACUAGAGGAAAAUCCAGAUGAUUUUCUGCCACCAUAUCUCUAUAACAAACAGGACCGAAUGGACUUCUUUUCGUCUGAGGUUGGAAAUUUUGAAACCAUACCAGGAAAAUUGAUUUCACAACUUUAUGCGGAGUGUCGAAAGAGGGGAGAAGGUAAUUUUUUUGGUGGAACUUCCAAAACCACCCAGUGGGAGCGUCUGCUGGAGGAAAUUCCCUUCCUGGCCAAACAUGAGCAGGUGCUCUCUUCCUGGCCUUUUCUCAGACAUCAAUGGGAGAGAAGACAACUCAAUGGCCAGCUCAAUUGGAUAGUUCUAUCGGCUCAACUGGCAGCCCAUGGUUUACCCACCUUACUGCGAAUCUACUUUGCCCUGGAUGCGAUUUAUGUGACUCCCAUGGAGGAUCUGCCCUGUCCCAGUAUGGAGGAUUUCAAAUCUACCCUAUCUGAUGUCUUAAAGGGUCGUCAUCAUCAAGCCUCCCAUAUAAUAGCACAUGAGAUGAGGGUUCUUUGUCGUGGAAUGAGGGGAGAACUGCCGUUGGCUAGGAGUUUAACUAGGAAUGGGAGGACUUCAACCCAAAAACCCAGUCAAGAACAGCUGAUCCUGGAUGAAAACACCAAGGACUAUUUUCAGCUCUUUUUUGCCGAACUUAACUUCUCUAAGGAGCAGCUGGAAAUGGCCCGAAAGUUUCCCCUAGAUGUGGAGAAGAUCAGCCAAGCCUGGGAAGUUCUUAGGCAAACAGAACCCCGAAUAGUCUACAACUAUGUGAUGUGGCAGGCCAAGGAGCAGCUCCGAUAUCCGGAUUGCUAUAAAAUAUCCGAGGAAUUCGAGAGAUUACUGCACUCGGAAUACUGGCAAUGGCAUGUUUUAAGUCCUCAUCUAACUAGGGAUGUGGCUUUGGCUGCCUAUCAACUGCAUACAACCCGUUUCCAGAAGAUAAGAAGAGCCAGUCUUUCUAGAAGAGAUUGGUAUGGUCAUCUUUGGCCAGCUUCGGUGGAGAAAAAGGAGCUACAGGUGGCACGCAUCCUACAGGCUCAUGCUCAGAACUAUCUUAAUAUCACAGAACUUAACGAAAAUUAUGGAGAUUUGGGUUUCGCCAAUAACUCCUUUCAUGGUAAUCUCCUGGUCCUCCGAAAGGCUCAGCUUCGUCAUAGUUUUGCAUCGCCUUAUGUGGAUGAAGAGGAUGUGAAUCAACCACCCUAUUUCCUGAGGCACUUUCUCCACUUCGUACUGCUCUCAUUGCAUCGACCGACAUAUCACUAUUAUGCCACUCAGGGCUUGGAACUUUGGAGGCAAUCCCGACUUCUCUUGGACACCGAUGGUCGCUAUACCGCUAUGGACUGCCUCGAAAGGCAAUCUUUGCAGCACUACGACGCAGAAUUGGCUCCAAUUUAUAGACCACUUGGCUCGGAGGAGGUCGCAGAGACCUUUCAUUUCUACCGUUCGUUUCAGUAUUCCCUCAGGGAUUAUCACUUCUGGCUGCAGGGUGAGAGAUUUGCCUUCGCUGAGACCGCCGUGCUGCAGUUCUUCGGAUUGGAUCCCCAAAAGGUGCUCUUCUAUGCGGUGGCCCAGCAGUUGUGUAAUCGCCAAACGGAGAUCUUUGCGGCCCAACUGAAUAGGGGUUACAUGAAUAUGCCCGAGUUCCAGGAAGCCUUCAAGUGUGAAGCCGAAAAGCCCAUGAAUCCCUCGUCCAGAUGCAUGAUCAAUAUGUGUGAAUAAGUUGUUGUCCUAAGCAAUAAUAUAAGAGUUGUUUUGAUUUUUAAAAUGUAAAUUCCCUUAAAAGCCAUUUAUAUUUAAAAUGUUUGUGAUAUUUUAUAAACAAAAGACGUAUAAUAGUUAUAAUCGCCAAGUUAUCAGAAAAUAACUAUGUUAUCAUAAUUAUUAAAGUAAAAAGACUAUUAAAAUGCUUGUUUAAUCCAAAAGAAGACAUUCUGCAUCCCCUAAAUAUUUAAUAGUUUUUACAUAUGCACAUUAGCUAUAAAUAUUUUAAUGGAUUUGACAAUAUUGCCAAUCUCAAGCACAUACAUAUGUCGCUCGUUUAAAGACACAGCCGGGAAAUGCCGGUCCAUCUAACCAUUUAUUCGCAUUUUGUUUGACAUUCCAAAGAACAUAUUGGCUCUUAUAUAUACGAUAGUUUAUGUAUAGUUUUCUUGCGAGUGGAUUUCGAGAGGAAAAUCGUGGGCGUUCUAGACACACGUACCGGUAAUAAAUUGAAAAAGCAUCAAAAACCA